UAUCCUGCAGUUUCUUUCGUUGCUACUGUCACUUCCAAUCUCCUUGCCACGCCCCCAGCCAGACUGCGUCACCCAGGGACUGUCGCCCGUAGCCUCAGCAUUCAAGGCCCCGAGGAUGUCUUAGUUUCGUGGAUUACAUGAACUAAACUGCUCGUGGGGAUAACACAGUGCCAUCCAUCAACUGGUUACGUGCUUGUGAUGACAAUGGGCGAGACCGACAGUUGACAGAUGACUAUGGAUGACUGUAUGACGGCUUUGAGAGCAGAUGACCUCUGGCAGUGCAGCCUUCAGUAAUCCUUUUGCACCAUGCCUUCCCGCUGGACAGUCCUGGUGGCUUGGGUGACCCUGUUCCUGCUAGUCCAUCCCUCUGCUUCCUUUUUCCUUGGGAUUGACACCAGCGUGGAGGAGGCUGACGGCUACGAGAUCAUCAACCCUCUGGACAGCUGGUUCCUCGGAGGUGGCACCAGUAUUGUUUACAAUGCUCUCACCUUUAAUAUCUUCGGGAUUAAGGAGAAGUUAAGGGAGUGGUACUACGCGAUAGCCUCAACGGCACUCUUUGAGGGUACUGCGCUUAUUAUAUCUGGCAUUGCUAGUAUUGUUUCUGCCAUCAUUGCUGCUGUCAUUGAAAUCCUUACCACAAUCAUCAGCAACAUUAUAGAGACGUCAUUGAGGAAGAAGCUGGCAUUCUUGGAGUUUCUCUUCAGAAUUGCAACAGGAAGGAGCCUCAGUGGGGCUGUGGAGUUUGUGCAUGCCAUCACUGAGGUGGACAGUGAACACUCAUUGUGAGGACAGAAGUGUGGGAAGAUUCCACUGUGACAACCUGGUAAUAUUAGGAGCAGUAUGUUUCCUACAUGGUGAAUCAGGCCACCCCAUCCUCUCUUUAGUUGCUUUUCUAUGCACUUGUUCUUUCCUUUCCUUUCAGUGACAAAUGACAUGAUUAAUAGUGGCAGUAGCAUUGCUCACUGCAAUUCUGUUUUAAAAUGCAAGGAUCUUUGUGCCAUGUACUGUAGUGUACCAAUUUUUGCUGCAGCAUCCAGUGUGUGGUAGAAGUGCUGGCAGACACAGAUGCUCUUUGUGUGGGAGUGUAACAUUGUGAAACACUGAAAAUCACUGAAGAGAUCACUACUGAAUGCCAAAACCUGAAAGAGAAUAAAUCUGAUAUAUAUAUAUAUAU